GUGCAGAAAGUGAAGAUGGCACGCUCCAAACUAAGACCUUUAAUAGGCAGAAGAAGCAAAGUGUCCUUAAAGAAUAAGACCAUCAUGAUUCAGAUGGUGCUGCUCCAAAUCAUGACUUACGCAGCAGUAGCUUGGGGCUACGUAUCCAAAACGAUGAAGAAGAGGCUCCAAGCUCAACAAAACAUAACACUCCGUGAGGCGGUGGACGCACCGUGGUAUGUACCUAACAGAGUGCUAUAUGACGAACUACGACAGGUACCGGUCGUAAUCCAGAUGAGAGAGAGGGCCCGAAAGUUCUUUGAAAAGAACGAAAGACAUCGAAAUGUGCUGAUUAAAGCGCCUUGGAUUACGACCCAAGAACAAUAA